AUGAGUCGUGAUUCCAUCGUGAACGAAGAGCGUUCAACGAAGUUGCGGGUAUUGUGUGCGUGUGCGUUCAUGACAGUCUGUGCUUCGUAUCAAAACAUAAUGCAGGGAGAGCGUAUGUUAUGUGGAUUUUUGGUGGCACCAGUGCCCGUCUCACGUAGCCAGGCGACUGCCCAAGCGCUUGAAGGCACAAGGCGGAGCGUGAACGGGUACCGCUCGGCACCUGUAACCUGGAGGCAGCGUGCACGGUUCGCGGUGCGACCUGCAACGUUCCAAAGUUACCGGAUGAACGUUGACGAAAAGGAAAAAGUGAAACAGCAGAAGAAAGUUCGUGAAAAACGAACGAGCAAGGAAAUUGCGAAGGAGCUCCUCACACUCUACGGACCGGUGUAUUUGGGGACUUCAAUUUCGUUCGCGGCAGUAUCAUUCACCUUUUUCUACGUCUUGGUCAGCACUGGCGUUGAUGUAAGGCAAUUUGUGGAAAGCAUUGGAGACCUGUUGGCGAAAACACCUCUCGGUCGGCCGGCGGUACUGGAUCAACUUUCACCGCAGGUGGGCACGGUGGCCCUUGCAUAUAUUGCACACAAGGCCACUUCACCGCUGCGUUUCCCGCUUACGGUUGCAGCAGUGCCCUUCGUGGCGAAGUUGUUUAAGAAGCGGUCAGAGGUGUCAUAA